AUGCAGGACCUAGCAGGGUUGGGAAUUGAGACGGUGCAAUUAGAUGUGACUUCCACAGCCUCUAUUCAAGAAGCCGUCAGCACAAUCAUUUCUAAGGCCGGCAGAAUAGACAUUCUGGUGAACAACUCGGGGGCGGGCUGUUUCGGCCCCAUGGCGGAGAUGCCUCUUGAUUCGUUCCGCAGCAACAUGGAGACCAACGUGAUUGGCCUGCUCGCUGUCACUCAGGCAGUAGUGCCUCAUAUGGUGGAACAGGGCAGUGGCAAGGUCGUGAACAUAGGGUCGGUGUCAGCAUGGAUCACCACGCCGUUUGCCGGCACAUACUGUGCCGCCAAGGCAGCAGUGCACAGCAUCUCUCACGCGCUCAGAAUGGAGCUGAAGCCGUUUGGAAUUCAAGUCAUGCUCGUUGCGCCGGGUGCAAUCAGGUCCAACUUUGGUGGCAACUCUUCCUCCUCCGUCUCCCACCUACGUCUCAAGAUCUUCUCCCGCUUCCAGCAGCAGAUAGAGGCCAGGGCAGGGGCGUCCCAGACGCCCCAGUCCACACCAGGAGACGUGUUUGCGAGGGCUCUAGUGGAGAAAGCUUUGGCCAAGAGGGUGCCAAUAGAGUGGGCGUUUGGACAUCUGGUGGGGUCUUUCCGGGACGACGCGCCCUUGAAGGGCGUGGGCGCGGGCGCCGAGGGAAAGGGCGCGGGGGAAAAGGGCGCAACAGGGAAGGGCGCAACGGGCAAGGGCGCAACGGGCAAGGGCGCAACGGGCAAGGGCGCAACGGGCAAGGGCGCAACGGGCAAGGGCGCAACAGGCAAGGGCGCAACGGGCAAGGGCGCUGAAGGCAAGGGCGGAGCGGGAGCUACCGCAGCGGGUAAAGUCGCGCCGGGCAAGGACGCGGCAGGCAAGGGCUCGGAAGGCAAGGGCGCGGAAGGCAAGGGCGCAACGGACGCUGGCGAAGCGGGCAAGGGUGCGGCAGGCAAGGGCGUGGCUAAGGUCGCAAAGAAAAAUGUGAGGGUCGCACCGAACAAGGUCGCAGCCAAGGGCGCGGCGGGAAUGGUCGCACCGAACAAGGGCGCGGUGGACAAUCAUGGUGCAGCAGACAAGGGCGCGGCUAAGAAUGACGCACCGAAGAAAAAGUUCGCGGCCAUUCCAAUGGUAGCACCGAACAAGGGCGCGGGUAACAACGGCGCACCGACGAAGGUCGCAGCCAAGGGCGAGGCGGGAAUGGUCGUACCGAACAAGGGCGCGGCGUCGACGAGCAAGGGUGCGGAGAACAAGGGCCCGGCAGGCAAGGGCGCGUCAGCCAAGGGAGCGGCCGGCAAGGGCGCGACGGGCAAGGGCGGGGCAAACACGGACGCGGCUGGCAAGGGCGCGGCGGGAAAGUUCGUGCCGAGCGAGGCGAACAAGGGCGCAGCAGGCAAAGGCCCGGCGAACAAGCCCGUGGCAGGCAAGGGCGCGGCGAAGAUGGGCGCGGCGGGAAAGAGCGCGGCGAAGAUGGGCGCGGCGGGAAAGAGCGCGGCUGAAAUGGGCGCGGCGCGCAACGAGGGGUCAUCCCACGUGGGAAAUGCGCAGCCAGGUGCGGGCGCCGCGACUGCGCGUCACAUCAACAACAACCAGCCCGCUGCGAUGAUGGGCGCGGCGAGCAACUUGAACAGGCCCAACACGAACACACCCGGCGUGGCGCCUCACAUGGCGACGGCCGAGGACGUGGCGAUCGUUCCCCAGGCGCCGGCGCCGGCGCCUGCGAGUCACAGCGCCGCGAAUCCGCCUGUUGCUGCGAUGAUGGGAGCGAGCAACAAACCCGCACAUCCUCACAUGGCGACGGCCGAGGAUGUGACGAUUCACGGUGGCGGUAAGACGGCAUCAGGCAACGCGGCACUUGCCCCGUCAAACGCACAAUCGCCGCGCCAACACGGCGCGCGCCCUCACAUGGCAACGGCGGAAGAUGUGGCGAUCGUUCCCCAGGCGCCGGCAGCGGAGGAGGACGAGGGCACAGUCAAGGGCGCACCUUCCCGCUUGGCUCGCUUCAGCAACAACAACAAUGGCUGGGAGCUUGAGGACAAACAGCGCACUGGGUUUCACAAGGCACAGCAGUUUCGCAUGGCGACACGCAGCGAUGUGGCCAUUCACAGGAGCGGGAUGCAAGGUGCGAAGCGUGGUGUGAGCCAUGGGAGUGGGCUCGGCAGGGCACAGCAGUUUCGCAUGGCGACAAGCAAUGAUGUGCUAAUUCACAGGAGCGGGGCUCAAGGCACGAACCGUGGUGUAAGCCAUGGGAGUGGGCUCAACGGGGCACAGCAGUUUCGCAUGGCAACGAGCAGCGAUGUGGCCAUUCACAGGAGCGAGAUGCAAGGUGCGAACCGUGCUGCAAACCAUGAGAGUGGGCUCAACGGGGCACAGCCGGCUCAAGGCGCAUACCGCGGUCUGGAGGAGUAUGGGAGUGAGCAGCUGGGUUCUCUUGCAUCUAUGCAAGCCGACGAUGGAGAUUACCAUGGUGAGUACUACAGUGGUGAUUCUGCAGGUGGUGGCUAUGGUAGCAAGCCCGGAAGCGGCGGCGCCGCGUCCGCGCAGAGCGAGGCGAUCGACCGGCGAGAGCGGCUGCGACGGCUGGCUCUCGAAACCAUCGACCUCGCGAAGGAUCCGUACUUCAUGCGGAACCAUCUCGGAAGCUACGAGUGCAAGCUGUGUUUGACGCUUCACAACAACGAGGGCAACUACCUCGCUCACACGCAGGGCAAGCGCCACCAGCAGAAUCUGGCGAAGCGAGCAGCCAAGGAGGCACAGGAAGCACCGGCGCUGCCCCAACCCGCCCGGCCCCGAGUGAACCCACGGAAGACAGUGAAGAUUGGUCGACCUGGUUACCGUGUUACCAAGCAGUUCGACCCUGAGACGCACCAACGAUCGCUGCUCUUCCAGAUCGAGUACCCAGAGAUAGAGGACGGGGUGAAGCCACGCCACCGCUUCAUGUCUUCCUAUGAGCAGCGAGUUGAGUCAUGGGACAAGAGCUUUCAGUACCUGUUGUUUGCAGCAGAGCCGUACGAAAUCAUAUCUUUCAAGCUAUCCAUCCCUGCCCCUUCCCCCCUGCGCUUUCCCUUCUCACAUCAGAUCCCCAGCACAGAAAUCGACAAGACCCCAUCCAAGUUCUUCUCGCACUGGAACCCUGACACCAAGACGUUCACAGUAACUCCAGCUUUAAGUCAAGCCCCGCCCAGUCGCCCCCACCAACCCCAACGCCCAUGUGCUCCCCUUUUCCACCUCACGUCUCUAUACUUCAAGCCGCGCCCAUAUGGGGGGGGAGGCGGGUACAUGCCUCCCCCUCCCCCGCCACAGCAGCAGGGGGGAGGUGGGGGGGGAAUGGGGGCGUAUGGGGGCGCGUAUGGGGGGUAUCCCCCUAGCAACCAGCCACAGGGAUAUGGGGGGGGAGCAGGGGGAACAGGGGGAGGAGGGGGGGGAGCAGGGGGAGGGGGAGCAGGGGGACCGCCAGUGUCCAGACCCCCACCCCCACCCCAGCAGCAGCAAGGGGGAAUGUAUUCUUCUGUUCCCCCGCCUCCCCCUGCUGCACCUGGGGGGUACCAGCCCCCCCCACCACCACCACCAACCCAGUAG